AUGAGUAUCGAAAUUCACGUGGGAUAGUCUACUGAGGCCCAUUUAAAAAUGCAAGAAAUAUCAGACAUAACCAAGGAUCAGGAACUCGUGCCGUCCUGCCUGGAACGCCUGCAGAAAGAGGCACUGAAGUGUUUGGAGGGCUUCCCGAGCAAAGUCAGUGAUCUCAACGGUAUAAUUGAGAUCUAUGCACCCAAGGCCGGAAGUGUCGACACGGAGACGAUCAACAGGCACCCGGGAUCCAGAUCGAUAUCGUCUACCAUCGGAGAAUAUGAUGUCACGUCAGCUCCGGAUUACGAUGCAAAAAUUGGGCAAUCGGGGUAUGACUUGACGUCUCUGGCGAGCUACUGCACCCUGUCAACGUACGAGCGAGGGAGGAAUCGACAUGGCAUCUGCAAACGCCGGUGUUACAAAAUCCAUCGGCCCCGGGGUAUCGUAACUCGUCGUCGGCCUGGAGCACUUGGACAAAUUCUGGUUUACGUCGCUAGUAAACUGGCAACGUGCACCAAAAAUAUGGUGAUAGCUCCGUCGUUGUAUUUUGUGGAGAGGAUUGUUUCUAUGCUCUUUCAAAAACGAGAACUGAAGAACGCCCAGUGUGGUCCGUGCGCAGAUUGGGGCACCUCGCUGUCAGCUUGCGUAACAUCCUUCAAAGAAGACAAUACGACAGUCGGGAGCUUCAUAAGUGUCAUGAGGCCAGCAGCUGUCCAGCUAAUAUCCGACACCACAAUAUUGAAACGCUGGCUGCAAGCACUGGCUACCAGUACGUGUCAGUCGUCUGUUGAGCUAACCAACGCAACUAGGAACACGGAGACCAUUGACUGUUGGGCUUAUGAACUCUUCUUCCACCUCAAGUACCUCCAGGUCAAUCGUGUUCGUGAUGCCGACAAAGUAACUGAUGGUUCCGGAAUUAAUGACGAGGUAACGCACAUGAACUUGUGGCACAGAAUGGUCCAGCUUCGUGAUAAUUACAUAAUUCUUUACGAAAUCCUUUAUGCGAAUUCAAAAAUUAGGAAAAUGGCCAAUUGCGACGGAAAAUUUAGUUGAUCCUCAUUCGGAUGACAUUGUUAAGAGCUCUUGAAGCACUAUACACAUCAUUGAAACGAGCUAUGGUACAAAAUUACUAGGUAUGUCACUGACCAAUUGUUUUCCCUUGAGCGUAAAGUAAAAUUUGGCAAAAAUCCCACUUUCCACACAUCGCGAUGAAAAAUAGGGUUCGAUACCCCUGGGAAAGUAUUCUUUGAUAUUUUUCUAGUGCACAUGAAAGUAUAACACAGAAUAUUCUAGCCUCGUGAUAAUUACAUAAUUCCUUAUGACAUCCUUUAUGCUAAUCCGCAAAUUAGUUAAAUGGUGAAUUGUAAGUAAAAAUUGAAUCGAUUCUGACGGGAAAUUAAUGCCUUUAUUACUAAAUUAAAUAAAAAUAUAUUGAGGAAUGUAAUUCAUUUUCGGAUGACAUUGUUAA